UCAGGUACUUCAUGUGUAUGUGAGCCAGGAUACAGGAUGGUUUCAAAUAAUGGUGGGUCCUCUGUUAUUUGUGAAAAAUGCCCAGAAAAUAUGACCGGAGUUACUCAAGAUGGGUGGAAUUGUAUUACUUGCCCCAAAGGCCUAACUUCAGAAGGAAAAUGUAAAUGCCUCAAUAAUGAAAUACUAGUGGAAAGAAGUAUCGAUGGUAUCUUGCUUGAUGAAGCAUUGUGUGUACAUUGUAAUGGAAGUGAGCAAUCAUUCUCUGCUUCAGAUGCAUCAGGAAAUAGGUGUGUAAGAUGUGAACAAACAUUCAUCAAUGUAAGCAAGUCUUGUGACUGCAGCAGCCCAAACAUUUUAACUGGGGGAUUGUGUUUCAGUGCUAGUGACAGCUUGCCUGUGAAGGGAGUUGCAACUGUUCGUUUUGGACAGCUAGGUAUAACACUGACAUCCGCAUGGUUUCUGAAAAACCUGCAGUCCUCAGCCUCUGCCUGUUGGUUAUACUCCAAUCUAACAGCAUGCCAAGCCCUUGGAAAUAUGUGUGUAAUGAAUAUGAACUCAUUGAGUUCAAGUACUGAUGCCUGUGGUUUAUUUCAGUAUAUUUAUGUCAAUACAGCAAGGCUAGGCAUUGUACAUUCAAUAAACUUCUGGAGGCAUAAUCUUCCAUGGCUAUAUUACGGUGAGCAACCAGGAUUAGCAUCCCAAGUGCUUGAGGCAAAUCAUAAGGAUGUAAAGCUGCAAUUUAUUGCAGCCUCAUUUGAUGCAGCAGGAAACUUUCUUAAGUGGCAGAAUUUGGAAGGAGGCAUCUUACAGCUUUGUCCUGAUACCCCAACUAAAUUGAAUGCAGCUUAUGUAUUUGGAACAACUUACCAACAAAGUUGCAAAAUUUCAGUUUCCAAGAUUUUACUGGAUUUUGAUAAUCCAAUCUUUUAUGACCUAUUCCUUGAAUAUAUUGCUGACAAUGGAAAGCAAUCUCUUUGGGCUGUGCCAGUUUUAAACUUGAAUCUUCAAUACAGUGAAAUGUUUGUUAAUCAAGGCAGUAAUAUGAACAACUGGCUUUUGACUCGUCGAUUUUUUUUGGUGGAUACGCUAAGUGGAAAAGAUAAUGAUUUGGGAAAACGACCAAGAGUAAUUCGAGUUGCUAGCAAAAUAACAAUAAGUAUUCGUCUGGCAUCCCACACUCGGAAAGGAACUAUCUACCCUCCUCUACUUACUGUUGCUUACACAGAUGUGCUUGUCCAAAACCCUGAAACCGAGAGCGUGGUGGUUUCCUUCUCAGUCAACUAUGAGAUGAAUCAGUCAGAGGCUCAGAUUCAGACCAAUAUCACGUUGGGUGUGUUGGGUGGGCUUGCAGUGUUAUGGUCCCUUCUCAAGACUGCAGGCUGGAAGAGGCGCACAGGAAGCUCUAUAAUUGACUUGCAGACGAUUUUGAAGUUCUUACUGUUUUAUGCUGGAGACCUUGCCAACGUUUUCUUUGUCAUCACAGUGGGCACAGGGAUUUAUUGGCUUGUGUUCUUCAAAGCUCAGCAGUUUGUCUCAGUCCUUUUACCACUUCCAUCUCAAGAAGAAGAUUUUGUUACAUACAUAGCUUGUGCAUUUAGUUUAAAGGCUCUGCAAUUCUUACAGUUGCUGUUUUCACAACUUACUAUAGAUAUUUUCUUCAUUGACUGGGAAAGACCUAGGGGCAAAGUUCUUAAAGCAGUUGAAGGUGAAGGUGUUACUAAAAGUGCUCCUGCACCUGUGAGCAUAUGGAGGACAUAUUUUAUAGCAAAUGAAUGGAAUGAAAUGCAGACAAUGAGGAAGAUAAACCCUCUCUUUCAAGUGCUUGCAGUUCUUUUUUUUCUUGAGGUGGUGGGAUUUUCCAACCUGGCUUUAAUGGAUUCUUCUUCCAGUCUUACAAGAAGCAGUGAGAGUUACAUAGCUCCUUGGAGCCGCAUUUUAAGAUUUGGUGUGUCUGCUGCGCUCUGGCUAGCCAUUGCCUUCUUACAGGUUAUUUUUUUUUCUGUGUUUUAUGAAAGAUUUGUUGAAGAUAAGAUAAGCCAAUUUAUUGAUUUGUGUUCCCUGAGCAAUAUUUCAGUGUUUCUCUUGUCACACAUCUGCUUUGGUUAUUAUAUCCACGGUCGCUCUGUGCAUGGACAUGCAGAUACCAAUAUGGAAGAAAUGAAUAUGAACCUAAAGAGAGAAGCAGAAAAUCUGUGUAGUCAAAGAGGUUUGUUACCGAACACAGAUAUCCAGACAUUUCAGAUUUCCAUUUCAAGAAAAAUGCGAAUGCACUAUGACAGGAUUCAUGAAGCCAUAACAAGAAAACGUGGUCCUGCUAGGCUUUUGGACUCAUCUGCAAAUGCUUUCGAGCAAAGCACAAGGGCAUACAACACCAUGAACAAAUUUCUCAGUUCUUUUAUUGAUCACGUUCAUAAAGAAAUGGAUUAUAUUGUUAAAGAUAAGUUGCUGCUUGAACGGAUUCUUGGCAUGGAAUUCAUGGAACCAAUAGAGAAAAGUGUUUUUUACACUGAUGAAAGACAGUCUUUCACUGAUGUCCUUUAUUACGGCAAUGAGACAACACUGCUCAUCUUUGAUAUCCUGUUUUUCUCCAUUGUGGACCUGGCUUCCCAAAGUUUUGUUUUAGCCGCUAUUCUAACAUAUUUGCAACAAGAGAUAUUUAGCUUUAUUCGUAAUACACUUGGGAGGAAGAAUUUGGCAUCCAAAACCUUGGUGGAUGAAAGAUUUCUCAUUUAAUUAAGAAGAUGAAAAACUUUGUUGAGGAGUUAAUCGUGGAAAUUAUGUCCACGAUCAAAGCAUCUCUGACCUACAGAUAACUGUAGUGCACUUUUCAAUAAUAAUAAUGUAACGGUUUUGAAGUUUAUAUUUUUUUAUAUUGUGUACUGUUAAGCUUUAUUUUUAUGUAUUUACAAAUGUUUUUUAAUUUGUGAACACUAAGCCAUAGGCCUUUAAAAGGAAAGGUACAUGAAAAUUAGACAGAAGUAAACUUACUGGUUUUAUUAUUAGAAUAAGAUAAAAAUUAUUUAAAGGCUUUUGCUAAGAUAGGGACCACUCACUUUGAGGCAAAAAUUUGAGCAUUCCAGUUGUCAGGAGAGGUUGUCAAGUGUUAAGUUUUCUGAAAAUCCCUUAAGUCUUUUUCUCUUUCUUUUUUUUGGCAAUUUAUUUUGAGGUAUAAUGUUUAGCAAACAUAUUUCCAGCGCUACGCAGCACAGGUCUUGUUCUGAAUUAAAUUGGUAUUUCAAGAGGGCUAUUUAAAGACCACUUGUUUACAGCAACUCCAACUUGAAAUGUUAACUUGUCUUUAUUGUGUCACAAUAUUGUAUGCUUUUGUCUCUUCUCUUGAAGUUUAUCAUUGCUUUUCUUGAGUGUGGACUAUACAUGACAAAGUUCCUUUGUGUUUGAGAUGUAGUAGUGUUACCACAAUGCAGAAAAACAAGCAGAGGAGAGGUUGUAGGUGUUUGGUGUUCCUGAUUUUGUCAUCUGAUGUGAGAUGCCCUGGGAAAUACAGUAAUUCUUCUGUGCUGUUUCCACACAAGUGAUAUAGAAGCAAUUAUCUUAUCUUUUUAGAGGUGUUUUCACAGGUGCCUAUAUAUGUUCAUGUACCUCUGUCUCUAAUUUUCUGGCUUUGUUACCUUUAGAUGUAAGACAGAGACCAUAAUCAUUUUACUGGCAGCAUAUUUUUGGAAUUUAGACAAGUUAAUAAUUAUUCAAGUGCCACUUACUAAGCAUUAAGGGAGAUUAUGAAUGGCCUUCAAAACACCUUUAAGUGAGGUGUCUACCUCCCAUUUGUACCUCUGAAAAGUCUCCCUACCUUUUUAAAAUUAUAUUUUUCAGUAAAUUAUUAAACAUGAAUAGUGUUUUCUGGUUUUAUAGCUGUUACUUGUCUUUAGAUGAUUCAGCAAGGGACUGUCACCAGCAAAAUACCAUAAAAACCUAAGUCGAGGUUAGCAUGCUUGUUCCAAAACAGAGACUGAGGAUGUAAUUAGUUGGACCGAGCAGAUUUUCAAUGCAGACAUACUCAUCAGAGUUGAAGCAGCAUUGUAUUUUGGGUGUUCUCAUGUUGAUACCAUAUCAUAUCAUAUCACGAUAUUAAACUUACGGUAACAUCGACAUAAAUCUCAGGGCCACUAUUGCUCUAAUGCAUUUGCUUUUGGUGUUGCGAAACCUCUGUGGCUUGCUAUUCCAAUAUAGUUGCUUUUAAGUGAUAGAAUGUCUGUCUGCCAGUAAGGCUAUAACAAGACAGGCAACUGAAGAGCUGAUUUGCAGCAGGAUCUGUUCAUUAAUACGCAGUUUAUCAUGGGUAUUUCCAUGUCAUGCUUUCCUUACUUCGGUCUACUUCUGUGCGCGGUUCUUAGUUUGUUGGUGCACACUAUGCCUCAAAAAAGGUGUGAAUACAGAACUUCCAGCAGAGUGAAAUGUCCACUAUAAAUAAAAUCAAGGUUGUUACCUUUACAGUGAAUGUAGUAAUUAAAGUGCCCAUUAAGUUCUGUAUCUGUUAAAACAGCCAAAAAUCUUAUUUCUGUGGAGUACCACGACUGUAUGACUUCACUAGUUGUGAGGCUUCUGUCAUAUUGCCUGUCAGUGAUGUACCGAGUGCCAAACUUCUAAGGAGCCACCUGAAAAAAUGGUCUGCAGCAGGACAUUUGCAAGGCAAAGUUAGGCUUGCAUGAUGCAAGCACAGCUUAACUGAACAACUAAACUUCCUAGAUCUCUAGAUCUCGCAAAUCCUACAGAAAUACCAGCGUACAAGAGGAAAUACAAUCUUUCUCAUGUGACCAUAUUUAUUUAAGAGGACUGAUGUGGCUAAAGGGGGUGUAGAAAGUUGCUGUGAUCCACACGUGAGCCCAUGUGACCCUAAUGAAUUACCCUAAUGCAGGUCUUUUCUUACUGCCACUUUCCAGCAGUGUCAGUGUGCGUCAUCGUCAACGGUAACAGGCACAAGCUUUGUCUCUGUGCAGGUUCUGACGAUGCAGCCAUAGUCAUGAAGUUAUUCUGGGGAACAGAACCACACUUCAAACCUACCUCCUCCAGAAUGGUCUGAUUUAUCACCCACUUCUCUCAGGAUAACUAAAAAGUAGUAACAAGACCUGGGUAAACCAGGGAAUGUCGGCAAGCGAAAUGGAGGUGCCCUUGUGCCAUCUGUAGACACGGCUGUGUUGUUUUAAUGUAGUUAGUCCAGUACCAGCAGAAAUGGAGACAUUUCAGCGUGUAGGCUCUCACUCUGCACCCUAUCCUCAAUGCUUUUGCUAACCAGGUAGAGCUUCCCAUGCAAAAACUGAUUUGAGUUUGCUUUAGAUAAGCCUUUAAUUAUCUGCUGCUCAGAAGGGCAUGUGAAAGCUUUAAUGACCUUGCAAUUUGCAAGAAGUACUGCUAACGGCAACUCUUGUUACAGAUAAAUGAUAAAUUAAUCUAAAACUGCUCUGUCAAAACAGUUCAGUUGCUUGGCCCCCUCUCUCUCCUCAGCGCACACACGGCUUUGUUGUGUUUUGUUUUUCUAGGUCAUUUAUCUAAAAUGUUAAU